UUCCAUGAUUUGGGAGGGAUGUUCAAAUACUCAUUUCUUCACUGUAUACGUAUAUAUAUUUUUUAUUUUUUUUUUUAACCGCACAAUGUGUUUAUUUCUCCUUACAGUGGUUUUUACAAGGCCACAUCUCAGCCUUUUGCGGCAUCGACAUUUUGGUUCCACCCUUGCAGAGUGAUUCGACGUCUUUAGCCCUCUGCUCCUUAUUCGCCUUUACAAUGUUUUUCUUUUGUUCGAGUUGGAGAUGCAACGACUACUUGUUUGGGAAAAACUCAUUUGGGCAGGUUUUGCGCAGUGUGUGUCUCGUCUGGAGGAAGUGCGCAAGGGGAAAAAUAAAAGCAAACGCUUGGGUGGGGCCACAGGGAGGCAAUCGCACCCCCGCACUCUUUUCUACAUCGGCUGAAAGGUGGGAAAGUUCGCACAUUUGAGCGCAAGCUGCGGACUUUUCUUUGGCAGGUGCAGGCGGACGUCGAAGGCCGAGCAAUGGCCAACUUUGGAGGGCACGCCAUUCCUGGCUCGUUCUUCUUGCUCUUUGGCUUAUGGCUGACGGUCAAACAUACUCUCCAGCACCACUGGAGGAAAAACCAACCCAAAGGCAGAGCCGUUUUCCCUCCUUUCUUGAAACGAAUGGAGUGCAUCGAGGGAGGGAUGCAAAUCUUUGCUUCAUUUGUCGGCAUCAUGGUGGAGCAGUUUGUGGUGGACGGGCCGCACGCUCGCCUCUACGACGCGCGGAACAAUUCCUGGGUCAAGCUGAUGAACUGGCAGCACGCCACCAUGUACCUCUUUUUUGGCAUCUCGGGAAUAGCGACGCUGGUGAGCACCUUGUCCAAACUGGCGCCGAUUGGCGUGGACCGCCUUGCCCUCUCCUUGGCGCUUUUUGUGGAAGGCUUUCUCUUCUACUUCCAUGUGAUGAGUCGCCCCCCGCUAGACGCUCACAUCCACUCCCUGCUCCUCCUGGCUGUGUUCAGCGGGUCGGCCAGCGCCAUGUUGGAGGUCUUCGUGAGAGAUCACAUUAUCCUGGAGAUGCUGAAAGCCUCCUUCUUUAUACUGCAAGGCUCGUGGCUCUACCAGAUUGGUUUCGUGCUUUACCCACCGAGCGGCGGCCCAAAGUGGGAUCUGACUUUGCAUAACAACGUGAUGUUUGUCACCAUGUGUUUCUGCUGGCACUUGGCGGUGGCUUUGUUUGUCGUCACCUGUACCUCGGCUGCUGUUUGGAUCACAUUAAGGAGAUUCUCCAGAAGAGCACGAGACAUCGAGAUGAUGAUGCGAAAUAAAGUCUCCGCUGAGAACUCUGAGAAAGCUUUGCUUGAAGAGUCAGACGAGGAGUAGUGGCUGAAAUAUGUUCAAUUUUAUGUUUUGUUGUAAAUGAAGUAUUUGCAAUGUAUAACUUUCCCAGGUGGCUUUGCUCAAGCGGCAGGUUUACAAGACGAGCAGCUAUUCACCUGUAUGCAGAAAGUCACGUGACCACACCCGGAAAACAGGAUUGCUGACUUCCUGCGUAUGGGACGCUAACGACUAUGGUUUGAUGACGAUUGUUUAAAGCCGAACUUGCCAAAAUGUUUCCUUUUAUGAAUGGCGACUCCGGACAAAAGUUAAAGACGUGUAUAUCAAUUGAUUAUACAAACCUGAUAGAUGUAAAUGCAAAUGAAACAUAAGCAUCAAAUAUUUUUUGUGACUGCGGUGAGAUCUUGUACUCA